AUGGUACUUGUUCUACUCGGCGGCGCCUUUGCCGGCCUAACUAUUGCCUUGAUGGGGCAGGACAGCAUAUAUCUGCAAGUUGUGUCUGGGGAUCCAUGUGAACCGCAAUCGAAGAAUGCGGAAAGGGUCCUGAACCUGCUCAACAGAGGAAAACAUUGGGUCUUGGUCACGCUUUUGCUCGCCAACGUCAUUGUGAACGAGUCUUUGCCUGUAGUCCUUGAUAGAACUCUGGGUGGUGGCAUCGCCGCAGUUGUCGGCAGUACGAUUCUGAUUGUGAUUUUCGGCGAAAUCGUCCCUCAGUCAAUAUGCGUCCGUUACGGGCUGCCAAUCGGUGGCUACAUGUCGAAACCCGUUCUCAUACUCAUGUACCUCAUGAGCCCUGUGGCCUGGCCAACUGCGAAGCUACUGGAUUGGGUCCUCGGCGAAGACCAUGGGACAGUGUACAAGAAGAGUGGGCUCAAAACCCUGGUAACACUUCACAAAUCCUUGGGAGAACUUUCUGAGCGACUGAAUCAGGAUGAAGUGACCAUCAUCACAGCAGUGUUGGAUCUUAAAGACAAGCCUGUGUCAGAGGUCAUGACGCCAAUGGACGAUGUUUAUACGCUAGCCGAGGAUCACAUUUUGGACGAGAAGACGAUGGAUAAUAUCCUGUCUUCGGGCUAUUCUCGUAUUCCUAUAUACCGCGCAGGCAAUCCCACUGAUUUUGUAGGGAUGCUCUUGGUUAAGACUCUCAUCACGUAUGAUCCCGAAGACAGGAUACCGGUUCGAGAAGUCCCUCUGGGCGCCAUUGUGGAGACGCGACCUGAGACGAGCUGCCUGGACAUUAUCAACUUUUUCCAAGAAGGGAAAUCGCACAUGGUUCUGGUCUCGAAUCACCCGGGUUCAGAUCAUGGUGCUCUUGGAGUGGUCACGUUGGAAGACGUUAUUGAGGAGCUUAUUGGAGAGGAAAUUGUGGAUGAGUCAGACGUCUACGUUGACGUGCACAAGGCCAUUCGACGUCUUACGCCGGCUCCACGGGCGAGGCGCAUCCACGCCGAGGCUGGUGCGGCCGCAGUAGGAAGGAAGGCUGGUGAUGGUGCCGCCCUGGUCGACAUUGCGGAGAACUUGGAAGGCGUUGGUGGUCCUCUAGUUGGCUCGCUGGAAGCCAUUAGCGACGGCGUAUCAGAAAGGCACGCGAAAACGGCCAUUUUCAUGCGCCGGCAUGGAUCUGCGGGGCCAGAUGGCAAACCCGACGAUCGGCCCAUCCCUUUCAAGGCGUCGCUUGACGAGAUGAAGCAGCAGCUUCGACAUUUGGCGCCGUCGAACCGCGCUGCCAAUCCUCGCAACACCCGAACCAAUGUUUUCAAGAUUAAACAGGGCCUAAGUGUCACCACAUUCGUUGCUGGGGACAGUAGCAAUAAGAUGACGGAUGAAGCAGCAGACAAGCCCACGGAAAGCAUGGAAAGCACGGAAAGCACCGAGGAGGACGAAUCAACCCCUCUCUUGAAGACCCCUAGCGACAAUGGAUAUCAAAUCGAAAACGGAUACGGAUCGAGUAAUGGAAAACAGGACAAAGCCCGAUCGAAAUCACAAGACCGGCAAUGA